GGCCACAGUGUACAUUCUGGUUCUAUAACCAGGGUGAGGCAGGUUCUCUGUCAUAUUAGUCUGGAGUUGGGUAAUAGUAUAAUUUAUAUUACCACAUUUAUACAAACAUGGAUUACACAUAGGUAGUGGUGAAGUCAGUACUGGUAAUACACUAUGGUCUAAUGGCUACCUGUAUUCUCACCUGUAUUUACUGUGUCAGGUGUGAUACAGGCUAUAGGGUAAAUCACAGCAAGGACAUAUCUCAUUAAUGUAUUGCAGUUACAAAUAUAAUAUAUUACAGCAAAAACCAGUAGUGAUAUUGUGUAUUACAGCAAGAACCAGGUUUGAUAUGGUGUAUUACAGCAACGACCAGGUGUGAUAUGGUGUAUUACAGCAACGACCAGGUGUGAUAUAGUCUAUUACAGCAACGACCAGGUGUGAUAUAGUCUAUUACAGGCAACGACCAGGUGUGAUAUAGUCUAUUACAGCAAGGAACAGGUGUGAUAUAGUGUAUUACAGCAACGACCAGGUGUGAUAUAAUGUAUUACAGCAACAACCAGGUGUGAUAUAGUCUAUUACACAGAGGAGUGUAUUACAGCAACAUCCAGUGGGGAUACAGUAUAUUACAGCAAGGACCAGGUGUGAUAUAGUGCAUUCUCUUACAAAGAGAGAAUGUGUGUAGUUUUCAGUUAGUGAUCAGUUCUUAGAUUGGUGACUAUAUUACAUCACCUGUCUGAUAGAAGAAUAAGAGAUCCUGACAGUCUGUUUAAAUGUCAUGCUGGUUACCUAGUAUUGGAAAGUUAAGGAGUAUGGAACCUGGGAUUAUGUGUUAACCUAACACAUCAACAGAUUAAUACUUCCAUUAAAUUGUACUAAUUUAUUUACAACAUGAAACAGUAGGUAUAUCUUGUAUGUAUUCUGUGACACCAAAUUUAAAAAGAUGGCUGGAAGCUCUGGAUCACACAGAUCGGUGAUCACUCAUCGCUCCUUUCCUGGUUUCCAUGCACGAAGUGCCACAUCUAUAGCAUUGGAAGAUAGGUCAUUACGCCCUCUCAGUCAUGAUGCAUCUGACCUCGACCAUGGCGAUGUCCACCGUGACAGCCAUUAUGAUGUCAGAACCCCUGAUGUCCAGGACCUCAAUAAGUUUGAAAACAACUGGGAGGAUCUGGAUGCUGAAUUUGAAUCAAGAGACGAUACUUGGGAAAGUAGUGUUAUAAAGACAGAGAGAUGGGAAACAGACAAUACUGAAAUGAUCCCAAAACAAAAUCAUGACAACUUAUCAAAGGCUGACCAAAAUGACGAGGAUUUAUGGGAUGCCAAAGAAGUUGCAUGGGAAAUCGGCAAAGUUGAAGAUGUUAGUUUGAAACACAUGGAUCCCAGGUCAGAAAGGAGUGAAACCUAUAAAUUGUCAGGAGAUAAAGUCCGAGCUGAUGGAGCCAAUGAUGGCGGGUCUGUUGGUUGCUGUGGUUACAUACUGUGGUUCCUGUCGCUCGUGGUCAUAGCCUGCACUUUUCCGUUUUCUCUUUGCCUUUGUAUCAAGGUGGUGCAGGAGUAUGAACGAGCUGUUAUAUUUAGACUGGGGCGACUGGUCAAAGGCGGGGCCAAGGGCCCAGGCCUGUUCUUCAUCAUGCCGUGUAUCGAUUCCUACACCAAAGUGGACAUAAGGACAGUGUCUUUUGAUGUUCCCCCUCAGGAGGUUCUGACCAAGGACUCUGUUACUGUGGCUGUGGAUGCUGUGGUAUACUAUCGUGUCCAGAAUGCCACCAUGUCCAUAACAAAUGUGGAAGACGCUAACCGAUCAACCCGUCUCCUCGCUGCUACAACUCUCCGAAAUGUCUUGGGAACCAAAAAUCUGAGUGAGAUCCUGUCUGAGCGUGAAUCAAUUAGUCAUGUGAUGCAGGCCAACUUAUUUGAAUGCACAAACCCCUGGGGUAUCCAUGUAGAACGUGUUGAGAUUAAGGACGUUAGACUGCCUGUCCAGUUACAAAGAGCUAUGGCUGCUGAAGCUGAGGCUGCUAGGGAGGCCAGAGCUAAGGUGAUUGCUGCAGAAGGAGAACAGAAAGCAUCUCGAGCACUGAAGGAGGCAGCUGAUGUUAUCUCCGAGUCACCUGCUGCUAUCCAGCUCCGCUACCUUCAAACUCUUAACACCAUUUCUGCAGAGAAAAACUCCACAAUCAUUUUCCCACUGCCAAUAGACCUGGUACAGUCCCUCCUGGGUCGACAGGGAUCAAACCUUUGAUACAGCAUCACCUGACAGUAAAAUGUACGCAUAUUGUGGAUAUUGUUAUAUAUGUAUACGUGAGAUUGUGAUAAGCAGUUUGAGUGGACAUUAUCGAGAAUGAGUCUGGAGGUUUAAGUUGGCAGUAAAACAACGGGAAGAAGUCAUGAUUACGGAGUAGAAUAACUCUAUACCCGAGUCUAUGUACUAUAGUAACGUAUACCUACUUUUGUAACCAGAAAAGUGUUGUGAGAUAUCAUUAAAAUGUUCAUUUGAAUUUUAAAAAGAAUCUGCUAAGUAAUAUAAUGCUCUUCAUGUAUAUGUUCUAAUAUUAGUCAAAACCUAACAAUCUUCUGUCAGUCAGUGAUUUACAAUUUACAAAUAAAUAUAAACUACAAUCUUUUGUGAAUCAUUUCUUCAUUAGAUGUAAUGUAUAUAUAGGUAUAAGUUUAAUUAUUCUCUCAUUGCAGUUAGUUUUACUUACAGAAAAUAAAAUGCAAUAAGAGAUUUGAUUUAAUUAUGAAAUAUUGCCAAAGAGGUAACACAGCAAACGUCUUGGUACACACUUUCCUCGUCAUUAGAUUUUUAAUGACAAUCAGGCUUUUUUUUUUUUUGGCUUUUAACAAUUUCUUUAAUAAGUGAAGCUGGAAGAAAACUGAUUAAGAUCUCCAGGUAAGUAAUGGUAGAUGAAAGGUGGAGAGGGAUAUUGUACAGAGUGAUACUCUGUUACCUGUACAUACCUGAUUCUCAAACAGGAACUGUUGAUUAUUACAGUGUUACCUGUACAUACCAGAUUCUCAAACAGGAACUGUUGAUUAUUACAGUGUUACCUGUACAUACCAGAUUCUCAAACAGGAACUGUUGAUUAUAACAGCAGCAUGCAAACUAAUUACAGGGUAGAUAAAAUGAGGGUUUAUGACCCGAAUGUUUGUGUAAUAUUGUAUGGAGUAUUACUAACAUGGUCAGUUUCAGCUGUUACCAUCGGUCACUGUAGUAUGCAAUUGUAAAAUGUCUCAAGUCGUUACAUUUGUACCCCUAGAAGUAGAUUUUAUAUUCAGACUCAUAUUCAUUUUUUAGCAUUGAUGUCAUCAAGUCAAGUAGCUCAUUGAAUUUAAAAACGAUUAUUAUGAUUAUAAUCACACUAAAUGUACUAGUUACAAGAUCCAUCUUUUAUUUAUAAGCAGACUUUCUAAUGGUACCGUAUUUGACCUAAUAAGUGCACUGUGUGAUUACAAAAACACAAAAGGAAUGCUGUUGAUAACCAUGUACAGGGAAAAGUUUCCAUGUGUUAUCUUGGUGGAAAAAAUAAACUUUUUCUCAUUUACAUAUAUUUAUGUAGUGAAAACGAUCCAAAGUCUUUGGUUGAAUAGCUGAAGAUUUUAGUAGAUAGUGAGAUAAGGAACCUUAUAGCACACCAAUCCUCUUUUCCUAAAAACAAUGGAUGUGUGCUUAUUAGGUUGAAUACUGUAUUUUAGAUUGUGUUGGCAUGACAAAAGUUGUACAGCCACGUAGAUGUAUCAACUAUGUGAGAGUUUGUGCGAUUUGACAGGUGAAGGGACAUAACUCCAAUCACAUUAAAUACUGCAUGUUUUCCUGAUUUUCCUGUCUGUGGUUUUGUGAGAGAAGCUUAUCUCUGGUGUAUGUUACUUCAGAAUAUUCUAAAUAUUAUGUCAUGUGUUAAUAAAAUGUAUCUGAGAACUGCCAUCAAUCUAGCCAUUAUUCUGAUAACAUCAUCAUCAUCAUAUACAGUGCCUUGGACUGGAGCUCUGUGUUCUCGUCUUCUCCCACAUACCUGUAUACUUAUUCUACAUAACUCCGAACGAGGACGAGAGGUGACCCCCAUAUCAGGGGGAAAUGUCAGCACACUUGCCAACUUCUUGGUAUUUUCAUUUGGGAGAUAAUUUGUGUUCAAUAUUUCUGUUCAAGCCUAAAAACGAACAUUUGCAUACAAAUGUAUCUCUUUUGGCAAACAUUUAAAGUACCUUAAAAACACAUACUGGAUAUUUUGUAUUUUCAGCUGGUUUAACUUCUUGUUAAUUGUGUUUUCAAAAUUAUAAACAAACAAUCAAUGAAGAAGUUUUAAUGACAAUAUAUUUGUAAAUUAAUGGGUGAAAAAUCAGGAGCCCCCUCCCCCCUUCUAAAUGGGGAGGAUUGGUAAGUAUCCAUGCAAAUGUCAAUUUCAUGUCAGUAUAUGCUUGAAUUUACAUUAUAUUGUAUAAAUUAAGGUAAAAUCAAAUUUGAAAAAGAAAUAAUAACAUUUAGUGCAAUGGAACUUAUGAAAAUGAACAUGUAAGACAUAAUCAGUGUUAAUGUAGAUUUAGACCUGGAUUAGAGAGUUAGCUUAUUUAACAUAGGUAAGGCUAAAUUGAAAAAAAAGUUUUUUUCUACUGUAGAAACUGGGAACACCUUAACCUAUGUUGUUCAGUCAUUUCACUUGUUAAUUUUCCUUUUUAUGUAUUGUGUAGUUAUACAGAUCUGUUUAUCUAAGGCAUGAUAUAGAUCAUAAUAUAUACUGUGUCUCUGUUAUAUAUCUUGUAAUAAAAUUAUAAGUGUCA